AUGUCAUCUGCCAAGAUCCUUUGGAAAGAAUUCAGGGAGUUGACGCAUCCCAAAACAGGCCUUAAACAAGUCCAUGUUGAUGUUGAGGAAAAUGACGUUUUCCUAUGGAAGGUAUCCCUAAUGGUUGUUGACCCAGAGAGCAUAUACAAUGGUGCGUGUUUGCAGGGGCAAAUGAGGUUCCCCUCCAACUAUCCGUACAGCCCGCCCUCUUUCAGGUUUACCCCGGCCAUCUUCCAUCCAAAUGUCUAUCCCGAUGGGAGGUUGUGUAUUUCAAUCUUACACUCAGCUGGACAACAAGAGGCAAGUGACGAACCGCUAAAUAUAACGUGGUCCCCAGCUCAAAAAGUUGAGAGUGUCUUGCUCAGUAUCCUCUCCUUGUUGGAGGAUCCCAAUGUGGCCAGUCCUGCAAAUGUCGAGGCCGGUAUUGCAUAUCGAAAGCAGCGUGAUCUCUAUAAUGACAAAGUCAAGGCAGAUGUGUUGAAAAGUAUCGAGGCAAUGCCCAGUGACAUUGUGUGGCCUACAUUGCAAGACGUUACGAGAAAACAAAGCGAAAGUGUUGACGAGCCUAUGGAAUACUGGGAAGAUGAUUUCUACGACGACGAAUAUGGAGAAGAAGAAGAUGAUGAAGAUGAUGAUAAUAGUGGUGAUGAUGAUGGUGGUGAUUCCUAA